AUGAGCGGAGGCUCCUGUGUCAUCCAGUACUACAACUACCCCGGCGUCGGCAUCCGCAAUCGGCAGUACCUCAACUAUAGCCAGGCAUGCCGUGCUGGUGAUAAUAUCGAGUGCGCCGGCCAAGGCAGCUGGAACCCCCUCAACGGUCUACAAGAUCCGCAGCUACCACGUCGCCAUGGGCGAUGCGUGCUUGGUGGCCGUGAUCAGGAACUUGCAGAAGUGGUGUCCGGGCAUGGGCCGCUGUGGACGGCGCUCGGCGUGGAGAAGCUGGCGGAGGAGGGGAUGGUCGUGGAGAUUGAGGCGGAGGCGUAUGGUCCGCGGUAG